CAGCAAGAUGGCGGCGUACAGGCGCGCGCCGGGGUCGGAGCGCUAGUGUCUUUAUAUUUCUGUGUGUAGUUAAGAGUUUUGUGCUCGCGCGUUGUGACUGACUGACAUGGCGGCCGUUAGAGGGUUUUAUCGCUCCGUCCGUCUACUGCUCGGGCAGAAACACACCGGGACAUGGAGCCGGGACAUCACAGGUACUCGGAGUCUGAGCAGAGCUGCAGCUGAUCCGGUGCCGGAGAUCCAGAACCAGAACGAAGACGUCAGUGAGACGUUUGUGAACCGAAACCCCAGAAACCUGGAGCAGAUGGCUGUCGCUGUGAAGGACAGGGGCUGGGCCACCGUCUGGCCCAAAAGAGAGUACUACCACAGGUUGGUGUUGAAGCGCUCGCAGCAUCACGUGUCAGCGACGGUGUUUUCGGUAGACUCAGACGUCCCGGUGCUCACGUGCUCCACGCAGGAGUGGGCUCUGAAGAAGCAGCUGAGCUCCACGUGCUCGGUGGCGGCGAGUCGCGCCGUGGGAGACGUCCUAGCUCAGCGAUGCCGUGAGGCCGGAAUCACGCGCCUCUUUUACCGCGAGGUUCCCUGGAGCUUCCGCUCAGACGCCAUCCAGACGUUUUGGACGGCCAUGAAGGAGGGAGGCGUGCUGCUCAGCGAACCCAAACGCAAAUUUAUUUAAAAGUUUUUUUUUGUUUUUUUUUCUAAUUAGCCUGAAGCUCUGAAUAAAGAUCUGUAUAAACAUA